GGCAGAAGAGAGCCCAGAAACAGCUCCCUCUCCCAGUCUUCCUAAUUCAGCACAGUAGUCACAGCCUGUGCAUCAUGCAGCUGGUGGCCAGCCUGGUGUCUGUUCUGCUGCUGGUGUGGAGCGUGAGAGCCACUGCGCUGCCUGGAGAAGAGAGACUCGCGUUACAGAACAGUAGGGAGCAGACCAAGCUGCGCAGGGACGCCCUGCUGAAGAUGCUGGCGGGGCUCUUGGAGAGCUCAGACGUGGCCUCCCCGGACCUGGAGGAGGAAGGCAAGCUGGAGGAGGAGCGGGCGGCUCUGGGGCGGCUGGCCCAGCUCUCGCAGCGGGACCGCAAGGCGCCCUGUAAAAACUUCUUCUGGAAAACCUUCACCUCCUGCUAGUGCCACCUUGUCGGGCCGCCCGCCUGCCUGUCAACACACACCCCGCCCCCUCAGCUCCUUCCCUGUCCUCCUGCACACCUGAGAAUAAAGCAUGGUACCUCGGG